AUGUCUAGUACGCAAGAGCCUCAAGACCACCGUCAUUCAUAUGCUCUCGCAUUGCCAGAUCAGUCUGGAGCGGUCCCUACCUCCACAGAGGCAAGGGCCAAGCGUCGCAUUGCUGCAUUGGAAGAGGAACUCCACAUGAUGAAACAAGAACGAGGAACGAAGCAAAGGAAAACGACCUACUACAUUGCUCAAGGCAGGGCCAUUCGUCGGAUGGUUGUCCUAUACACCAGCCUAGAGGACUUGAUCGCCGAGAACGAUCGCAGGUACGAGGAGCAGUUGGAGCCCAGCACCCCAGAACAGGAUCGCUUGCAGCAUGGCUACAUCGCACUCUCGCAGAUCCUGCCGUGGCUGCAUGAAAAGCUUGCAGAACUCGAUAUUGAUGACACUGAAGACAUGCUGAAAAAGCUCAAAAAAGGUGCGGAUGCGGCCCGUGGUGACGACACCUCUACUCUCAAGGACCUUGUCGCUACCUGGGUUAAUCAAGAUUUUCGACCCUCCCGUCUACUUAAGUCUGACGAGAAGCAGUCGCGCGGCUUCACACAUGACGUUUCUGGGAUGUUACUCUGCCCUGCGGAGUGGGACUGGGGCAAUGAUAUCGUGAAGGCUGGCAUUCGUGACAGAACUUCAGAUUAUAUUGUAUCCGAAAACUCUUGGCCACUGUUCAUAUACGAGAACUAUUCAGUCAACCCUAACAACCUCGAACAAGGUCUUUUCAGGUCCAGGAUCCUAGUUCAGGCUUUCAAAGCCACGUUCACGUCUCCAUCUUCCGCAAGAGAAGCUGAUGGUGAUGGCGAUGGAGCCGACAUCCUCGAGAACAACAGGCGCGCCCAGCGGGCAUUAAGUCAAGCCAAGGUUAAAAUGUGUGUUCGCUUCGCUCUAUCCGGUGUUACAUCUUGGCGCACCGUGGACGGUGAUUUCGACUACGAGAUGUUCUGGAACAACAUCGUCGACUUUUUUGAAGACGUCCCUGGCCCGGUCACAAGACGUAGGGUGACCCAACUUCUGGAGUGGUGGACCAGGAAAAUUUUUGGAAGAAACCAUCGUGAAGACCUGACACCAGAGGUAGUGUCACAGAUGUCUGUCACAGCAUUAGCAGACCAGAGAAGGGCGCUGGAGGAUGCUGCUUAUGAUUCGGAAUAA